AUGAACGCCGCCGACCAUAGCCGGUUCGCCGACCGGUUCGCCAGUAUGGGGACGACGCCAACAACCCACACUUUCAACAUGCGCACAAAUGAAGAGCCCAUGAAUAUGGUAUUCAAGGACGCCCUCUGGCUAACCCUCGGCGGCCUGGGUGUCAUUAUCCUGGCCAUCCGACUCGUGGAGAUUCUCUGGGCCAAGUUGCGCCAGGUCUCUGCCAUGUCCGUACCAAGGGAAAAGCAGGGCUACUGGAAAGUUUCACAAUGGAGCUGGAUGCCCAGCCUCAAGAAGAACCUCAUCUAUGCGCCUCUCUGGAAGAAGCGACACAACCGCGAGUUUCGUCUUUCUAGCGCCAUCAACGUUGGCACGCUACCCUCGCGACUACACAUGUUCAUCAUCAUAGUCUAUCUCGGCAGCAACCUGACGUACAUGUUUAUCCUCAACUGGCAAAACGAGAAUAAAUGGGCCUUCUGCGCCGAGCUGCGAGGCCGAUCUGGCGUUCUUGCCCUCGUCAAUAUGGUGCCUCUCAUCAUCCUGGCUGGUCGCAACAACCCGCUCAUUGCGCUUCUCAAAAUCAGCUUCGACACGUAUAAUCUAUUACACAGAUGGAUGGGCCGAAUUGUUGUCAUCGAAACCUUUAUUCACGCCACUGCGUGGGCCGUCCCAGCCGUGGCUGACGGAGGCUGGCGCAAUGUUCAGAAGAAGAUACUCGCUUCAUGGUUUAUCGGCUCUGGCACUGUCGGCACCGCUGCCCUAGUUGCCCUCCUCUUACUCAGCGUCUCUCCUUUGCGCCACGCAUUCUACGAAACAUUUCUCAACCUGCACAUCGUUCUUGCGCUCAUUUCUUUCGUCUGCACUUGGCUACACUGUGCUACCUCGACCGUACACGUGGGAGGCCUGCCGCAGCUGCCCUGGAUCAUUGCUGUCGUGAUGCUCUGGCUGCUUGACCGUCUGGCUCGAUUCGUUCGCCUCAUGUACGCGAAUUGGUCCGACAAGGGCUUCACCGACGCUCUUUGCGAGGCCAUGCCCUGCGAAGUCACCAGAGUCACUGUUCGCCUGCCGCGAUACAUGAACAUUCAGCCCGGCACUCACGCCUACCUCCGCUUCUGGGGCAUCAACUGCUGGGAAAGCCACCCAUUCUCUGUUGCUUGGGUCGAGCACGAAACAACCCAUACCCUACCCAUUUCCGCCGAGAAGGAGCCUCUCAACGCCGUCGACAGAGCCAACGCUUAUACCAACGUGUCCUUCAUCAUUGGCGCUCAUACUGGUGUCACGCGUAAACUGUUUGAGCAGGCAAGUCGAUCUGUCCGCGGCGUCCGUAUCAAGGCUGCCCUCGAGGGACCGUAUGCUGGCCAUCACUGCCUCGACUCGUAUGGACAUUGCGUCCUGUUUGCCGGUUCUACUGGCAUAACUCACCAAAUUUCCUAUCUUCGACACCUUCUGGACGGCUACAACGCCGGCACUGUCGCCACACGAAAAUUGACGCUGGUCUGGAUUAUUCGAGAGUACGAGUCCCUCGAAUGGGUCCGUCCAUACAUGGACGCGAUCCUUCGCAUUCCUAACCGCAAGGAUCUUCUGCGUAUCCAAGUCUUUGUCACGCGGCCGCAAAAUCCUCGCGACAUUGUCAGCUCCAGCUCCACCGUCAAGAUGUUUCCGGGUCGUCCCAACGUGCACCUGCUCCUUGUCAAAGAGGUACAAGAGCAAGUUGGUGCCAUGUGCGUGACGGUCUGCGGCCCUGGUGGUCUUGCUGAUGAUGUGCGUUCUGCUGUGCGUGCCGUCCAAGGACAUAGCGUUAUCGAUUUUGUCGAGGAAAGCUUCACAUGGUGA